AGGUUAUGUGAGGUCCUUAACUAUGUGUUGGUGUAACUCAUAAAAAUCUAUCAUUUUAAAUACUAUAUAUAUACUCUUUACUCACUUCAGACAAGCAUACUCAAGAAUACCAACAAAUUUCACAUUUUAACAAAGUAGAGUUAAUAGUACCCUCAGCUAUUUGGCAUUGUGCUCAAUGGGGCUUCAGUCCCUUUGUGGCAGAGUCCUUGUUGGAUUCUCUGUCUCUUUGUUACUGUUUGCUGUGACUUUCUGCUAUGCUGAUGACAAGACAAUCCAGGUUGUCGGAAUUGGAGAAUGUGCUGAUUGCAAAGAAAGUAACAUAAAGACCUCUCAUGCCUUUUCAGGGCUUCGUGUAACCAUCGACUGCAAGGUUGAAAAUGGAGAAAUCAAAACAAUGGGAGAAGGAAAACUUAACAAAGAUGGCAAGUUCGUGGUGUCACUUCCUCAGAAGAUGGUGAAAGACGGCAAAUUGAAAGAAGAUUGCUAUGCGCAACUCCAUAGUGCAUCAGCUGCACCAUGUCCAGCACACAAUGGCAUAGAAUCCUCAAAAGUUGUAGUCAUCAAAUCUAAAAAUGAUGAGAAACACACAUUAAAACCAGCUGGAAAUCUAAAGUUCUCUACAGCCUUGUGCACUUCUGCUUUCUUAUGGCCACACUACAAGUAUCCACCAUUGCCAAAGUUGCCACCUUUUCCCAAGAUUCAUUCUUGGAAAAAGAAACAUUUCCCUAAGAUGUAUUUACCUCUACCUCCUAUUCAUAAGAAACCUUUCCCUCCCAUUUACAAGAAGCCAUUUCCACCUUCAAUUCCUAUUUACAAACCAAAACCAAAGCCACCAGUAGUGAAACCUCCUUCAGUUCCUAUUUACAAACCAAAGUCAAAACCAAAGCCACCAGUAAUUAAACCACCUACAGUUCCCAUUUACAAGCCCAAACCAAAGCCAUUUAUUCCACCUCCAGUUCCAAUAUACAAACCAGUAAAGCCUCUGCCUCCACCAGUUCCAAUAUACAAACCAAUUCCACCAUUCUAUAAAAAACCAUGUCCACCCCUAUUUCCUAAAGUCCCAAUUCAUUCCAAGCUUCCUCCUUUUCCUAAGAUUCCUCCAAAGUACUUCCACCACCCAUUGUUCCCACCACUGCCUCCUAUUCCUCACCCAUAGGAAGGCUUUAUAAUAUUUCCUCUUCAGUGAGCGGGCAUAAGCGGAUACAAGAUUUCAAGGUAGUAGGUUCACCACUUAACAUAUAUACUUAUUUUCAAAUUAUUCAAUAAAUUUUCUGAUAUAGAUAUUCUAGUUUGAAACAGCAAGUGCAUGUGCACCAUGCAUAUGUGUCGAACCAGCCUCAAGCAUGUAGGGUUGUACCACUUUCAUGUUGAAACAUUAAAAUAGUUAAGUGACUGCCUUUGCCUAGUAAAAUGAUAUGAGUUGAACUUGAAGAAAGAAUUGAGUAUUCAUAUAUGUUAAUUUCGUUUGGGAUUGAGAUCAGACUAUGUAUGAAUUGAUAGUUUUUAUUUUCUAAUAGUAAAUUCUAUUUUUUU